AGUGCCAACCUCCAGGCCAAUAAUACAGCCAAUAGUUCGUGGCGUGGAUGAUUGCAUUGAAAACAAACGAAGUGUCACGGUUGUGUGGACGGUAAGGCAAGGCUUUUAACAAUUAUUGGAUGAGGUUUUUGUGAUAUGCGGAAUUAUCAAGGUCGAGGCAACUGGCAAGCGUUAUCGACCGCUUACCGACACGUUGAUAAUUCCGCAUAUCACAAAAACCGAAUUCAAUAAUUGUGUUAUAAUACAUUUGAAGAAUAUAUAAUAAUAAACAUAGUAUUAACGCAUGAAAAACUUUAUUUAUGAAAACCUAUCCAUAUUCACAUUUUUUCUACGUUUGUUCAAAAUUUUGCUUUGCUAGUUUCCCUUUGUUUGUGUUAAAUAGAUACCGCUUGCUAAUCAUCGCAGGCUCAGUUGCAGAUAACUCGGUUAUCUGCUAGCAGAUAACUGAAUUUUGUCUAGGUUGCGUGAUUGCGCGAUUUAACUGUAAGCUCUUAGCCAAUCAAAUUGCUUUCACCAACUAAAAUGUAUAGUAAUUUUAUUUAUUAGUUUACGGAUUUGACUUAAAAAAAACUGGUCGAUUGUUCUGAAAAAAAAAUUAUUUUGUCUCGGCUCUUUAAAAUCGAUCUAAACAUUCAACUUCAACUUGGAAAAACAUGGCUCCAAAUUGAUUGUCACCACUAUUGUCACAACGAUAACAUGAGCCAGCGGUACUUAGAGUCAAGAUUUACUUGGCGUGUACUUCAUGUCAGAACCCCAAAUUAACUAAAAUUAACUAACAUCGUAAAAUUGUUGACAUCGAAAUUUUUGUAUUUUAUAUUUCACUUUCGGAAUAUUUACGGAUCCGUAAACCAAUGAAUAAAAAAGUCUCGCCUAAGUGUAAUACGAAAGAUAAGUAAAAGAUGAGUUUGAUAAAACUCAUCUUUUACUAACUGAUAAGAAUAAAAGAUGAGCUGUUUCGGGGUGCGAUCAUAGAUAUCUUAUAUACACUAGAUAGCGCAUCUCUUUUAGUAAAAUUUCAAUUCCAGCGGUUACCCCCAUUUGAAUAGAUUGCGGCCAUGUUGGAGUUUCCCACUCGCUAAUGAACGCUUAAAAAACAACAAUAACUUUCAUCAUUUGAAUAGUUUGAAAAUGUAUUUGGAAUAGUUUCAACUUAAUAUUUAAGUUCCCUGUUUAAGAAAUAGAAAAUAUACGAGUCUUCUUAUUUCGUGGGAAUAUCCUGAGUUUGCAAUCACGGCUUCAAAUUUUUGAAAUACAGAAUAAUUAGAUGCACUAUCUAGUGUAUAUAAGAUAUCUAUGGGUGCGAUAAAUCGCGUACUUACGUACUGGAGGUACGCCAAUUUUACGGUCUGGUUCUUCGUUACUACUCUUGCUGUCGGCGUACGUGCAUUUUGCUGGUAUCAUAGGACCUUUAUACCAAGCCCAAGGCACAGAGGAGAGAUAUACAGAGAGGAAACUUACACUGGAUAACCUCGAUUUUUGUGUCACGCGUUCCACGCGCCACGCAAAAUUUCCCAGCCAGUGCCGUCGCUGAAAUUUCAUAGCAAAAGCAUAGGGAAAACGCCGUUCGAAAGGUGAAAAUCACUUUUUUUAAAAAAAUGAGAUACCCAUGGAAAAUUUGUUCAAUAAAUUAUUGUAGAAUAACGGUAAGCGAUCACUUUUAUUGAUUUAAGUGUUAACAUAACAUUUUAUUUUGCAAAAGUGUUUUUUUUUCUAUCUACUCCUUAUUAAAAUCGUGAAAUGCACUGGCUGGGAAUUUCACAUGCUCAUGUAUAAAUAACAAAGCAACGAAUGAUAUAAAUUCCUCAAACUAUAACUCUUGCAUAAAAAUAACAUGAAUACUUCUAUAAUAUGUAUAGUUUUAUUCCACUGCAUUAUGAAAAUUUAAUAAAAUAGUGAAUUAAUAUAAUUUUAUAUAGUUAAUAGACUUAAUAUAUCGGCGUGACAUAAUUUGCCGCGAGUUUUCUCUCUGUAGAUCUCUUCUCUGUGCCCAAGGUAUUCAAAACCGUAUACGUAACGGUAUAUAUGUACGUCUGACAUGUCUUGGCAUGAGACAUGACUGUACUCAAGCUUUAAAAUAUCGGUCUGUCACGGACUUUGUCCAACCCAUUUGUGAAUUGUCCGACGUAAAGAGAAACCACCGGACAUUAUGUCCGACCUAAGUGAAACUGAGGUUUAUUGUUUGUCCGACCCGAGUGUAUUGGUGUCCAACCGAAUGGUAGCUUUGUCCAACGUAAAUCAAAAUGUACCCUAGUCCAGGACUAGAGGCUUGUAUGUCAAAUGGAAAAUCAGAAUAAUGCAUGCGUGUAUAAAUAAUGAACUGGAAAUGUUGUUGGGGUUUAGUCCCCACUUUGUGGUGUUGGUGGUGGGGGUAUAUCCCCGGUGGGGGUAUAUCCCCUUGGUCUCUCCCCUUCUGUGUUCGGUAGAGUCUUUAGUCAAUCAGUAAAUUGUCUAGAAUGAUAUUUCGAAAAUAAUUGCACUUCUUUUAGGCAAUCACACUUAAGUAAUCUUUUCAUUUAUCUUAUUAUAUUUUAUAACAGCCUCCACCCGUCAAUGGCAGGAAUGGCAUAAUAAGGAAUAUGACUGUGAAAUAUUUUAAGAAGAAAUCCGAUCCACAACUGAUUUUUUUGCCCAACCUUACGAGUGCUGUGAUCUUUGGAUUGGACUGUGAUGUCGAGUAUCACGUGCAAGUGCGAGCGUGUAUAUAUGUCGACGAAAGUUGCAGCCCUUACAGUGACGCUCAAGUUAUUCCAAUUCAAUGUAAGUCGAUCUCAGGGGGGGGGGCAGAGAAUCUUUUUGGAGACUGCUCCUGGCAAGGCUCCUGGCAAUCAAUGUAUGAGAAAGUCCGCCAGCAUGGCAGCAUGCUGCCAGGAAAUUUUUUUAAUCUCACAGGAAAUUUUUAAGGAAAAGCAAGAUAUCAAGAAUGAAGCUCGAGAAAUUUCAAAAAUCAGCAUUAAAGUAACAAACAUCACAAUUAGAGCAUAAAUACAAUAAUCAUAACAUAAAAAUUUGUAUCAUAUGGCAGUGCUAUGACUGUCUGUUAUCAUGAUUCAUGAUUAUGAUACAUGUGGAAAACAAGGGCGUACUACUAUUAUUGAAUAGUGCAUGAACACUGAUAUAAAUUCAAACAAAAUUCAAAUAUUAUUUAAUAGAAUUCCUUCAUGUUAGUAAACCUAUAUUUUUCUUAAUAUUGAGGUAGUAUAUGACUUAGUAAGGUAGUAUUUACAACGCUGUUAUUGAAUUAUAACCAAUCAUAUUUAUAAAAAAAUUGGCAGGAAAUUUUUGGUUUGGGAAGCCUGCUGCCAGGAAGAAAAAUAUUUUAUGAGGGCUUGGCUCCUUGUUAGGUCUAAGUGCUUAGAAGUCUAAUUUUGAGUCUUCUUCUGAGUCGUUUAAGGUGAUUCAUCAGUUUUGCAUUGCACACGUUUACUGCGCAUAUCUAAUAACAAAUUCUAGCUAAUGUAUGUGGUCGAACUGCAAUGUAAAGUGAUGAAUAAAGGAUAAGGGCAAAGAGAAAAACACUCUGCGUUGAUUAGGCAUGCUUCAGGAAAUAUACCUGCAAAAAUGACAGAACUCUGGCUAGGACUCCUUGCGCAACGAACACUAAACCAUAUUAUGUUGCAUGUUUAACUCUUGUAUCUCUUUAAGAAGGUCCGUGACCCCACUUUUGUAUUUUGCUCAUCUAUACGUUUUACAUGUCAUACAUUUUUUGCGCAUGCUUCCCAAAAUAACAUGCCUGAGAAGAUGGGAAAAGACAUCUUUGCACCACGAGAAUGCACGUCAAUAGUUUUUGACUUGCUAAUAUACCAUGUUUUCUUGUAUAUAAUCAUUAGAUAGACAUUUUUAGUAGGAUCCUUGUUAAAAAAUUUAAUAAAGGAUAAGCAAUUGCGAUUGUUCCUGUAACUGGUAAAAGGGUCAAGAUUGGGCCAUAUGGGUCAAAAGGUGACCUAUUGCACUUGUCAUAUCUUCAAAACGAAUUCGGUGACCCCAACUUUUUUUCUGAGCUCCUUUAACUCAAAACCGACUUGAAAAUUCGCACUACUCGCUUUAAUGUCGUAUAUAUAAUAUACUUUUUUACGACAUUUCUGAUGGCAUAGUUAAUUUUGGUAAAAAGUAAAAUUGACAUUUUACAUUUUGUCAACUUAGUAUACUUUAAUAUAGGCAAUAUUUUAAAAUUCUCAAAAUUCUCAGCUAUAAAAACAAAAUCAGAGGUUCCAACACAACUUUAUUAAUACAUAUACUCUGACAUGUACUAGUUAAAACAUUCGCAUCGGAUCUUUAUCUGAUAUACAAACUCGAGCCGAAAACGGGCUUAAAAAACGACCCAUAUUAUGAGUUCAUUGGCGAAGUAAUUUUAAAAAUAGACAAUGUCUAAGCCGAGAAAUUCAAAGCUGAAGUUUAUGUAAAUCAGGACAAAUCUUUAUCCGAUUUACAAACGCUGAUUAAACAUUCAUUUUUUUUUUAAUUCUCUUCAUGAAUUUUUAAUGAGUUUUUAAACAUAUACUGUAAAUAUACUUGCUUGUAACAAAAAAAUCCACCAGAGUGUAACUUUCAAAAAGUUGGCCGGUUCUCUAUUAUGGAACAAUGGUUAAAGAGGUUGGAAGAAAAGGUUGGAAGAAAAAUUGAAAAUUGUUUUCUUUCAGUUAGAGAUGUUAGAGAUGAUGGAACCGAAACGCCAGAUGGAAGUACUGUUUUUUUGUGGGCCAGUGUUGGUGUUGGUGUGCUACUGAUCUUUUUUGCUUUAGCAGCAUGUCAAUACAUAUAUCGCAGGUAGACGGUUUGUGUCUCAUUAUAGUGAUCAAUCGCCACAAUUAUCAUCGUCGUCAUUGCUAUCAUCAUUUUCAUCAUCAUUAUCAUCAUCAUUAUCAUCAUUACCAUCAUCAUCAUUAUCAUCAUCAUAUCAUCAUCACUAUCAGCACCAUCACCAGCAUUAUCACCAUCAUCAUCACCACAAUCAUUAUCAUGAUCGCGACGAUCAUCAUCAUCAUUAUCAUUAUCAUCAUCAUCACCACAAGCGGAAGAUUAUCUACAAUUUUCAGACCUAACCAGGAGCGCCUGUGAAGCUAGGCCAUCUACUAUCGAGCGAGAUGCCCAAAAUCUUGAUAUUAGCUCAUGACUCGCACUGGCGUCACCCACUAUGUAUACAAGAACGUGUGGUUAAAGCGCUGCAUCGGAAUAUCCAGUAUAAAUAAAGUUAGUUUAGCUAGCUUUCCACCUCUAGUAACACUGCAUCAAUACGAGAUGACCCGUACUGGACCUUUAGGAAGGAGAGUUUAGAACUGAUAGAACUAUCCAGUAUAACUAUAAAUAUAAAUAUAAAGUUAAUUUAGGUUUCCUCUGUAGUGACACUGGUUCAAUAAAAGAUGACUCUUACUGGACAUCUUGGAAGAGCAGUUUAGAACUGAUAGAGCUAUCCAGUAUAAAUAAAGUUAGUCUAUUUUAGAUUUUAUUCAGUAGUAACACUGGAUCGAUAAGUGAUGACCCUUGCUGGAACUCUAGGGUCAGGAGAACAGUUUGAGACGGAUAGAGCUAUAUCCAGUAUAAAUAUCAACUAUUUAGGUUUCUUCCUGUAGUAACACUCGAUCAAUAUGAGAUGAUCCUUAAUGGACCUCCAGGGAGAACAGUUCAGAACUGAAAGUUUGAUUUAGGUUUCCUCCAGUAGUACACUGGAUCAAUAAGAGAUGAUUGUUACUGGACCUCCAGGGAGAACAGUUUAGAAUUAACUGAUAGAGCUAUCCAGUAUAAAUAAAGUUAGUUUAGUUCAGAUUAUAGUGUGCAUGAUAUAAUGGAGCAAUGGCAGCUAGAAUCUGUUGACAAAAUGUUUUUUUUUUAUUUUUACAGAAGAAGGAGGACGCCUCUUCGGCAGGUAGGAAAAGUUACCUAUUCACUUGUUUUGUAUCAAACUUGCAGUAUCGCGAUAAAUGCCAUAAAAACAAUGAGCAUAUAUAUACUGUUUUUAUUUUAAAAGUAUUAACAUGGCAAGCUACAUUGACAACUUAAUGAUAGAUAUUUUAUAUCUUAUUAGACAAAUUAAUGUUAAUAUCCGACUAGAAAGAAGAAGUAAUUAAAUUGUAAACAAGGAAAAACCUUUCUUCGUUAUCAAACUUUCAGAAAAUACUUCUAAUUUUUCUUAAAAGCUACAAUUUUAAGCAAUUAUAAAAGAGUGUUCUACACAUGCGAAGCAAUAUCACAAUAGUCAUCGACCUCAAAUCCUAGGUUUUAAGUUAUUUUUUUUGUGUUGGUGUUAUGUACUCAGGUGAAUGUGAUGUUUGUGAUGUUACUCUGAGUGUAUAUCCACACCGGGCAAGCUUUAAUGCUCUUCCAACUGAGCUACGCGGUCAGGUCAUAAGUUCAUCCACACCGGGCAAGCUUGAAAAAUAUGCCUGGUUGGCAAAUAUAUCAUUAUGCUGAAUGCUUGGACAUUAACUGUAUAAACAUUGAACAAAUUGCCAAAAACACAUCGUGUUUUUUCGUUUUAGGAAUUUAUUUAUUUCGCUGUAAGAAUGUAGUUGAAAACUAUAUCGUAGAUUCAAGUUUGUUAUUAUUUUUGCAUAGUUGUUAAAAUAUUUUGAGUAUUUUUCGAUAGUUUUAAAGUAUAGUUUGAUUUAUUUGCCAGCCUUAGAGUGUCAAAAUAGCACGUGUCCAAAGGACGAGUUGAGGUCUCUGAAAAACUCACUAGUGUUUGUUUUAUCCAAUUUUCACGAGAAACUAUCUUAUUACGUAUUAAUAAUAUACAUAAAAUUUUUCGAGACAAUUGACGAAGUUUUCCUGCUUUGUUAUAUCACUCAACUAUUUAAAUUUUGGUAGACUUGUUUAAGGUAAAAUCUUUUCCAUUUUUAGAAAAGUUAAAAGCAACCUUUUCCACCUAGGACUAGUUUAAAACAUGAGCAGGCGAUCUUUACCUGAUAUACAAACUCGAGCCGAAGGCGAGAGUUUGAAGUACUAUUUAAAGCACGCGUAUAGGAGUGUUUUAUCACAUAUAAAACACGACGCGUAGCGGAGUGUUUUAUAUGUGAUAAAACACGACUACAAGUGCUUUAAAUAGUUCUCAAAAACAACUCAUCUUAUACGAGUUCAUUGGCGAAGUAAUUUUUAAAAUAAACUUUGUCUAAACCGAGAAAAUCAAAGCUAUAAAAGUUUAUGUAAAUUAACGUGAUUUUUUAUCACAUAUAAAACCACGACACGCUUAUGAUUUUUCUUUGUAUUUUGCUCCUGAAUUAUUAAUGAGUUUUUGAAUAUCAGAUAAAGAUCGGAUGCGAAUCAUCUUUUAAAUUCAUUGGCGAAAAAUUUUUAAAAAUAAACAUUGUCUAAGCCGAGAAAAUCAAAGCUGAAGUUUAUGUAUAAAUCAGGGCAAAUCUUUAUCCGAUUUACAAACAUUGAUUAAACAUUUAUUUCUUUUGUAUUUUCCUCUGCAUAUUAUAUGCCAAGUCUCCAAUUUCAGUUACAUUUUCUGCAGUCUACACUAUAGUGUAUACUGACUGUAUGCUAUUUGUCAUUAUGUUCCGUUAGUAUGUGUGGUAAAAUUAUAUUUGUGGAAAUGUAAACAGCAUACUAAAGUAAUCAAUUAAAAAUUCUGUAGUAUAUACAGUACAGACUAUAAUAAUAGACCAUGCACGAUAAAGGGUCGAAUGUGGGCCAGGCAUUGCUUUAUGGGCCCCUUAUAGUGUGCACACCCCUUAGUGCUUUCUGGUCGUUGUCAUAUCAACUUUGCACUAUCCUUGGGAUCUCUGAGUUACUUUCGUGCAGUAUGUAGCAGUGUGAUUUUAAUUUCUCUUCUAACGUAUUGAUCGCCCUUACCUUCGAACUAAGUAAGAAUCUCAAGUGAGUUGAUCCUCACUUGGCCUCAGGGAGAACAAUUUAGAACUGAUAGAGCUAUCCAGUAGAAAUAAGGUCAGUUUAGGUUUCCUCCUGUAGUAACACUCGAUCAAUAAGAGAUGAUCCUUACUGCACUUCUAUAAGAAGAACAUUUGGAUAAAACUGAUUUUAUAACUAUUACUACUACGUAACAGAGUUGUAGUUUAAUUUAUAGCUUCAAGACCAAAUAAAUAAGACUAAAGUUACUUCAUUAACUAUUUGUUUUCAUAAUACAUGUGAGAAGAGUGCUUCCAGUUUGACUCUACCAAACAGGUUUUCUGCGCUGUUGCUUUAUUGUAUUCCUUCUUAAUUAAGUCGAUAGUUGACUUAUUAAAAUGAUUGUUUCGUGUGUAGCACAUAUUGAACUAUUGUUGAACUAUUUCAUUUUCUUCAGGUGAUCUCGAUGUCUAAAACAAACCUAUACAGCGAAUGAAUCAAUGUAAUGAUGGCGAUAAAUGUUGAUGAUGACGAUGAAAUGGAAAUUGACAUAUUACAUUGAAUUACACACCAUUAUGAAAUAAUUUCACAGAGAACUUUAAUUUCUGACAUAAUAAUUGGCCAUAAAUAUAAAAUGAUGUGUUCGCAUGAAUCUGUUGUGUGUGUGUGAGUUUCUUUCCCAAGGCCG